AUGGAUUUGAGUUUCUUGAGUUGUUGGUGCGGAGCGACUUUCUUCGUCAGGGCUUUCUUGGUGAUUCCUGUUGAGCGUGGGCCAGCGCUGCCGGCGCGGGUGGAGGCCGGCGUCCCGGCUUUGGGCGUUCCGGGUCCUAGUGAGGAUUGGCGGAGGUUGGAGGAGGCGGCGGGGAGGGUUCCGAGGGAGGCAUUGAGACGUCGCCGCUUGUUCUCGACAGCACCAGCUGAGGAUUCGCGCUGGCGUUGUUGGAAUUGGGCUGCGGCGGAGGCUGGGGUUGCGGGCGCGGAACUCCGAGCGGCAUUUGGUGAGGACAUUGCAGAUGUUGAAUGUGAUCUGUUCAACGAGAGGUUGAGUCUUUGCGUGGCUCCCAGCGGGUUCGCGUUGCCUGUUGAUGCAGUAAGAGGGGAGGAGUAUGACGCGGACUCGUUGGUUGAGUCGGGGAAGAAGAUCUUCGGGGGGUCGCGGUAUGAAUCUUUGCUGUUGAAGAGCGAGGGAAUUGGAGGGUCAUUGGAGAGUACACCAUCGUUCUGCAAGUCGCGGAUCUUCACGUCGAGCCUCUUUAUCUGCCUGUCCAGCAGGAUACACGCCUUUUCACUCAGGUGGAUCUUUUCGUCUUGUAGCUGCUGUGACCUGUCGAGGUUCUGUAGUACGGCCUUCGAAUACUGCUCUUCCUUUGGGUUCGGGGUAAGGCUGCCGUUGAGUUUGAUGAAUUUCUGUAUACUGGCGUCUCGCGAAUUGAUGAUUGAGCGACAGUCUUGGAUAGUCUUGUCCUUGGCCUGUAUUUCUUCCAUCAAAUGGUUGAUCUCCGCUGGGAGGUUCGCAACAUCGUGCACGAACUGCUCUAGCACCGAAGCGCAAUCUUCCUGGCCGUGGGCCAUCUUUCGUAGCUUUUCCUGGGCAAAGUCAAAAACAAUUUAUUUAUUGCCUGGAUAUUAG